GCAACGACGCUCGGCCACGCACGUAGUAAACACAUGCGCGCGCGCCACAGAUCAGAGACGAGAGACGGGACGAAACGAAAUACUGUGUGUACAAGUAUCGCGCACUAAAUAUGUAUCAUUUAGCCGUAAGAAUAGUAACAAGCAAGUAAGCCUGCCGAACGGCCUGUCGCUUCUGAUGUAAAUCCGGAAUUCCUCAUCCCCGAUCUUCUACGCCUUUCACCGAAAUCACCGAUCCAACGUGCGUACGAUCUCGCGUCGCGGCGCACGAAAUUCGUACGGUUGUGAAGAGGGAUAGAAGUGUGCAGAGAAUUACAUCGGCGAAAUUAUGGCUAAGUUCACCAAGCGGCAAUGGCUCACCCUGAUUGUCAUAAGCAUCGCCGAUUUCGCCAAUGCGAUCUGCGUCUCGCUGCAAGCACCGUUCUACCCCCAAGAGGCCGAGAAAAAAGGAGCGUCACCGUCGGAAUAUGGGCUGGUCUUUGGAAUUUUCGAGCUGGUGGUCUUCAUUAUUAGCCCGUUCUACGGGCAACAUCUCAAUCAAAUCGGUCCGAAAUUACUGUUCAAUGGCGGUAUCCUGACUACAGGAACCUGCGCCAUAUUCUUCGGUUUAUUGGACAAAGUUGAGGGUCACUAUCCCUUUAUAAUCCUGUCCUUCUUAAUCAGGAUUGUGGAGGCGAUGGGAAAUGCUGCGUUUCUAACAGCCAGCUUUGCCAUUAUUGCCAAAGAAUUUCCCAAUAAUGUUGCUAUAACAUUCGCCAGUUUGGAAACUUUCUUCGGCUUGGGUCUUAUCGUAGGUCCGACUGUUGGAGGAGCACUCUAUCAAAUAGGUGGAUACACCACACCAUUCGUGGUCCUUGGCUCAGCGUUGUUCGUGGCAGCUGUCAGCACCGCAUUCAUUCUACCCGUGCAUAAUAACAACGAUAACGACGCGCACAGUACCGGAGGAGUAAUGAAGGUCUUUAAAAUCCCCGGCGUGAUGAUCGCCUCCAUGUCGAUAAUCGCGACGAGCAUGAGCAUCGGAUUUUUGCAAGCGACACUUGAACCGCAUCUCAGGCAAUUCAACUUAAGCCCAGUCGUUCUGGGAUUGAUGUUUGUCAUCAACGGCGGCACUUACGCGAUAACGGCGCCGGCAUGGGGUUGGCUCUGCGACAAUUACUGGCAUCCAAAGGUAGCAACCGUUGCCGGCUGCUUUCUCGUAAUGAUCGGUUUCUCGCUGGUCGGUCCAGCGCCGUUCAUUCCGUCGGCCACCGUAAUCUGGAUGCCUAUCAGCGGCCUUGUGAUCCACGGCUUAGGCAUGGCUGCUCAACUGGUUGCGAGCUUCACGGAUGCCUUACGGACAUCUAUAUCAUUUGGAUUGCCGAAUAAUCUGGAAACUUACGGCCUCAUCAGCGGAUUGUGGACAAGUACCUUCGCUCUUGGAGCUUUCAUCGGUCCUAGCGUCGCCGGGAUACUAUUGGACAACGUCGGUUUCAGAAAUAGUUCUAUGUUUAUCGUGUUACUUCACAUGCUAGUGGGCGUGAUAGCCGCGGUGUUCCUGAGCAGUUGCACUCGCGCGCCCAAGCCGUACACCGACGUCGGCGCGGCCGAGGAUCACAUCAGGGCGCCGCUGAUGGAGAGCGGCCGAUUGGGCAGCGGUAGUCUGCAUCACAACGGACGGGGCCAGAGUGUGCCGAUCGACAGGCCCGGCGGCAUGAAUUCGCUGAUUGUGUGCAACAGUUACUCGAAUCGAGCCGGCGCGUGGUCCAGGGCAUCGUAUAGCGGCCGUUACUCCCACAGCUACGGAUCCAUAGAGAAUAAACGUUACCUGGAGCUCACCACGUGAUAACGAACCGUUCGGCAUCGUUCGUCCGGGAAACGACAACGAAAGUACCAGGAUCGUGCCAUCGUUCACUCUCUGGCUCUCAUCAUUGAGAUCAUUCAAUUUCCGCGAUAUGCUAUUUUAGCGGAAGCACAAGAGAGACUGUUUCUUACUUGAAAAGAAUCGGCCGAAAGUUAAUGUCUCAUUAUUUGCUUUACCGGUAAGCUAACUAUAAUCAAAAA